AAACCAUAGCGAAUUUAGGAUCAUUAAAAUUUACACAAUCAAGUCGUAGUCAAGAUCCAAAUAAUCCAACAAGAAUCAUAACCACCACCACCACAACAACAUUCAGUAUGGUAAAAGAUAUGGCAAAAUCUAUAUGUCAGACAUUUCUGGAUGCAAGAUUAUUUGAAAAUUUAUCCGAUACUUAUAGUAGAACAUUUAGGGAUAAAAGUAUUUAUGGACUUACCCCAAAAGGAAUAUACAUAUUAGAAAGAUUUGUAUCAAGAAAUGGUAUAACAGCCCCUCAUUUGACAAAAAUCUUUUUUGUACAACCAACUCAAAUCAGAUUAUUCGCCUUGGAAAGAGAUCCUGAAACUGAUUCCAUUAAUUUAUCAAAACAACAUGUUGAAUCGAUUUUUAGAAGGUUUGCUGGUCCAAGACCGAACUUUAUAAAUAAAUAUGGAGAUUCGUCAGAAGACUCAACAAUGCUUUCGGUUGAUUGGAAUCUUGGUAUAGGACUUAAAGUACGUUAUAUUAAUAAUAUAAGUUAUUAUUACACAUUUUCCGGUGCGAUUUCUUGUGACUGGUUAUGUGAUUUUACAACCUUAAUUUCAAAAGAAGAGGCGAUGAAAGUUGCGACCGAAUUUAUUCGUUUAGGUCUAUUAGAACCAAUUAAUAGUAAAGUGAAUGAUGCAAAAAAAAAAUCAAAUAAGCGAGAUCGUUCAUUAUUUAAAUAUUCAAAAUCCACAUAUUAUAACAUCACGGAAGAAGGUCGACAACUUGCUUUAUGGGAGUAUGAACAUUUACCAGCAAAGAAAGAUUCAGGAAUAAAUUUAUCACCACAAUUAAAUGAUGAUAAUAAAUCACAAAGAAGUUCGUUCAUUGAAAAUCAUGGGAUUAAAGAAUCAAAUACCAAAAGACUACAACAAAUUUUGGAUGAUUCAAAUCUAUGUUCCCUAUUUAUGAACUUUUUAAAAUGCACACUAUGUGAAGAAAAUUUAUUAUUUUUAUUAGACGUUAAAAAUUUUCAAAUUAGAUAUAAUACAAAUGUUAAUGAUAAUGGAGAAUGUAGAGAUCCUAAAGAACAAUUUAAUUUAAUUUCCGAUGCUUUUAGAAUUUAUAACACCUAUUUAGCUCCCGCUUCUCUUAAUGAACUUAAUAUCGAUUUCAAUUUAAGACGAUCGAUGACUCGAUAUAUGACUUCAAUUGCUUCGGGACAUAAUUAUGAUAGGCGUGCGAAAUCUUCUGCUUCGGAUCAACCACCUAAAAUAAAACCUAUCACCAGUCAUUUAUAUGAUGAGAUUCAAGAUGUUAUUUUCAGAUUGGUGGCUACUGAUUCUAUUCCUAAAUUUAUUAGAACUAAAGAAUUUUUGGCCUAUACCAAUUAG